UCCACUCUAACAAUAAGGGUCAGUUGGCCACGCCUGCGCCGUGAAGCCGGCUGCGGGGGAGGCGGGAAGAGGUCGGUCCUCACCGGCGGCGGAGGCGGGGAACAGCAACGCAGGCAGCCGCGACGCCAUUUGCUGCUGCGGAGCGUGGGCGCUUGCGGGUCUCGGUAGAGCCGGGUCCUGAGACGGAGCCGCGCACGCUACUCGGCCUCCAGCGCUAGCUUAGUCCCACGCGCUUCUUCUCAACCCCAGUCGCUCCCCUCGGAGGAGUCACGGACGCCGGAGUCACCCCGGAAGAAGUCAGAGAAACCGCGCGGCCGUCGUAACAGCCAUGCCCAAGAAUAAAGGUAAAGGAGGUAAAAAUAGACGCAGAGGUAAGAACGAGAAUGAAUCUGAAAAAAGAGAACUGGUGUUCAAAGAGGAUGGGCAAGAAUAUGCCCAGGUAAUCAAGAUGUUGGGAAAUGGACGCUUAGAAGCAAUGUGUUUUGAUGGUGUGAAGAGAUUAUGUCACAUCAGGGGGAAACUAAGAAAAAAGGUUUGGAUAAAUACCUCAGACAUCAUAUUGGUUGGUCUCCGAGACUACCAGCUAAGAUCAAUGAAACUGAUACAUUUGGUCCUGGAGAUGAUGAUGAAAUUCAGUUUGAUGACAUUGGGGAUGAUGAUGAAGACAUUGAUGAUAUCUAAGUUGAACCCAACAUUCUACAUUCCAGUUUUUCAGAAGAUUGUCCUACAGUUUAGAUUUUGGCCAUAACCCUCCAAGAAGAAGUUUUCAAUAGCAUGACUGUAAUUUAUUAAGGCAGUUUGAUUUGGUUCUAAGGUAUUUGUUUCUGUAAAAACUUAAUGAUGAAUUAUCUUAAGUGAAAUGUUAAGCCCACUUCAUUCUUUUGAUGUAAUGGAGCUCACAGGUAGGAGACCACAUGUAUUUCAAAAAUAGAGCAUUACUGCCUUUCCUUCUCUGACCACUCAGUUAAGUAAAUGGGUGUUUUGAAUAAGCCAUUUGCUUUGUAUUCAUUACAGAUUGUGAAUAAUUCCUAACUUCUGGCUAGCCUAUUGACAGUACAGAAUCUCUCUAUAUUCUGGUCACCUAAAGAUUUUGAUACAAUUUAAAGGAGGCCUACAUCUGCAUUUGAAUUUAAAAACAGGUUUGUUUUCCAUUUAUUAGUAGCAUGUGACUUUUUAUACUAAUUUUUAUAUCAGUACAUUAUUUUCAUAAUUUUACUUUGCCAUCAUAAACAUAUGGGCUGGGGGAGGCAUUUCCCAAAAGUAGCUUUUAGAACCUGGGUCUUAAUACCAGUUUUGAAUUUACAAGUUUAGUUGCAGAAAUUAAACACUAGGUGGCACCCAUUUAACAUUGUUGAGGUGUUUUUUUAAGUACUGCGCAUAGAAAAUUUCCCAAACAAGAUUGUUUUGAUCAUGUGUAGGCUAUUUUUACAAAACAGAUUGUGUUUUAAAAUGUUAUUUUCAGAAGUCAUCCUGUAGCUGCAAUAGUGAAUGCUUUAUAAACAUUUAACAAGGGCUGGAGUGUAGCUCAAUGAAAACUCCCUGGGUUCAGUCUUUGGCACAGUACUGGGAGAAAAAAAAAGAUGAUCUUUAAUUUCUGAAUGGAAGAGAGAGCUACCAUGAGAAUACCAUAAAAUGUCAUGCUGCAGCAUAUGUUUAUGUCCUCACUUUGUACUGAGGUUGUGUUAUGUGGGCAAAUUGGUAUAUGUGCUGCCAAAGUGAGCAUGAUGUGGGCAAUUUGGAUUGGUGGGGAUUUUUUUGUUUGUUUUUACUUGUAUUAGGAAUUUAGAUUUACAUUUCCUUAUUUAAUCAGCUUUUCUAAUUAAAUGAAGUUAGGGCUGAGCUAGUCAAACCUCACUAUCUACAGUGAAAUACGCCUUUUUAAAGCAGAUCCAUAUGUAGCUUGUGGAACUUUUACUACGUUGGUCUCCAGAGAACUUUCCAGUGAUGGAAAGUAAUACACAAAUGAAUGAACAAGAUUUUUUAAAAUCACGCUUUUAACUGAUUUUCUUUCCUAGGUAUGCAAACUCUGAAUUCAAACUAUGAGGUACUAUAAACAUUAUUACAGUGCAUUGUUGUGGUUCCUAUUUCUUAUUCUAUGGAAUUUCUGUGCAUUUACCUAGGUGGAUGCAUCUAAGACCAAGGACUGGUUUUUAAUAACUCAAAAGAAACCAUCCUUGAAGAAUUUACUUGGCAAUUGUCUUCCUCAAUAACCUAAACCUAGGGUAUUUAUGCUUGUAUACCUAAAAGUGUUUUUGCUAAAUUUACAAUGUGUAUAUAUAUCCUUAUGUGUGAUUUUACAAAGAAUGUUUGAACUCUGCAUAUGUGAUACAGUUUUGGUAGUCAUAGUACAACUCAAAAACAAGUUUUUCUACUUACCUUCUGUAACAAAUAUGGUUUAAGAGUUUUUUAAAAGUUACUAUGACCCCAAAUCAUGUACCUGCUGGUGGUGGUAAUAACAGCCAAAUCUAGUGCUGUUUACAUCCUGGAAAAUUUAGAUUUGUAAUUACUAAAAUAGUUGAGGUACAGUUGUAGCUCAUAUACAGUGCUACUAUGAGAAAUUCUUUGACUAACUUAUAUUUGAUGUGGAAAUUGUAUAGUUUCACUGAUUUGAUUGUGUUUCAAGUAAGGAAUGGAAGUGGUCCACAAGAAACCCUGUUUUUCUUUUGUUUUAUUUGGUUGGGUUUUUUGGUUAUAUUUUUGAUUCCCAUAAUGCAGUGCUAUAAGCAAUACUCAGAAAAUAAAAUAUUUGAAGUCUAAGAAUAAUGCUUCUUACUGCUAAGAAGGUAUAAUAAUUGUUAAUUUGAUAAGGUUACAUUUUUAAUGCAGUCUAUUCUUCCAGUUAGAAUAUGUUGUUGUGUUACUAAAGUAGCUAACUAACCAAACAAAAGAUAUCUGUGCAAAAAGACUUGCCAAAUUUACUUGACUGUUGAAUCUUUCUUGAACAUCCAGCUUUUAAAGGGACUUCUUAAGAAGCCUAUAAACUAUGCAUGAUGAAAAUUUUUUAUAUUUUAUUGAAAAACAGCCAUUGGUUUACUACAUCACAUCUAUGGACAUGGCUACUGUGUGACUUGUAAUUUAACUUUAUCUCAUCUCUUAAAUAAAUAUUACACUGUGAUGUUGAAUAACAUCUUUAGUAGGUAUAAACUGCUGUCAGUGUUGACUUCAGAGAAACUCUGAGUAAUCAAAUAGAUAAAAGCAUGUUUUGAAUAAAAUACUUAGGUAGAGUUCUACUUGAUUUAUAUUGUGUACAGAUUUAACAACAUCCAGCAUUGUGGCCUGACAGAUAAAAGUAUCAGAAUGAAAAUAAGGUUCUUUGUGUUACCUGACUGUCAAAUAAUUAAAAGGAUUUAUAUUAAUUUAAGAUGUUUAUACUACUCGGUAAGGGUAAGUUUCAUUUAUAUUGUUAGGAAUAGCCACAAAUUUUUGCAGGCUGCUCUGUGUCUUUGCUUUACCUUAAACCAAUACCCCACCCUUUUUAACUUUGAGACAGGGUCUUACUAGUUGCCCAGGCUAGGCUCAAACUUGCAGUCCUGCCUUAGCUUCUUAGAAUGUAACCACUGAGCUUUUUGUCCUUGCUUUUUUUUCCUUUCCUAUUCAGGAAAGAACAACUUCUAAAUUAAGGCUUAGUACAUGUGUGAAAAAACACUAGACUCUCAGGUAUAAAA